AUGAAAAUAUCAGAUUAAUUAAAAAGUUCAUUGGUUCAAUGUGUUUCAGAAUAGAAGGAUUAAACUUUAUAUGAUAUUCUGUCCUCAUAAUCAGGAGUCGAUUAAUUUUAAUAUUUAGUGAAAGGAUUUCAAGAGUAAUUACAAUUCCAAUCCUAGAAAAUCUUCUGAAGAUUAUAUGAAAACAGUUCCAACUCCAAUAAAUAGAUAAGUUCGAUCAUCAUAAUCAAAGAGUUAAUUCUAAUAGUUUCCUAUUCAGAAAUCGAUUUUUGAGGAUCCUGGUUUAGUUUAAUUGUCAUAUUUUCAGUUUGCAAAUGUGAUGGAUGAAUUUUUUUUAGAAAUUAAUGAAACUUAGAUUAUAGAAUGGUUUUAAUUAUUACAAAUAAAUGAGAAAGUCUAAAUUAGAGAUUUUUAUAUUAUAGUUCUUAUGUUUUUGAGUAGAGAAAGUAGAUAAUAAUUUGAUUAUUUAUAUUAAUAUGGAGAGUACUUAUUUGAAUGUUUGAAAUAAACAAAUAAUAAAAUAUUAGGUUUAACUUUAAAAAUAUUUGUUAAGGUAUAAAUUAUAUAUAAAAUUAAAGUUAUGUGGAAUGCAAGCUAGACAAUCAUAGAAGUUGUUUGUUGAAUUAAAAAUGAAGUAGAAUGAAGAAUAUUCUUUUGAAGAUUUCGAAGUUUUUUGUUUUGCUUUCAUGAAUCCUGAAAAUCUCUAAGGUUAAGGUUGCCAAUAGAAGUUUAUUAAAUAAACUCAUUAAAACAAACAAGAUUUUAAUCUGCAGUAAAUUAUCAAGCCAAAAAUUGACAAAAAAUGAUAUUAUUUUUAUAAUAAAU